UCUUUGAACGUGUUUGAAGGCGCUUUGAAGGUUCAUUACAACAGUUUUGAGGGAGAUGACCAGCAGAUAGAGACUUACAUAAAGAGAAACAGGGAGAGAGAGAGAGAGAGAGGGAGAGAGAGAGGGAGGAAGUCAUAUUCAGGGUGAGUGGAGGAGAGAGAGUGAAUGAAAGUUGAAGUUUGGAGAAGAGCCUGGGAGAGGAGUGCAUGUACAGUAGUCUGAGGUGAGACUCUUAUGUCUCUGUUCUCGCUCAAUGAAACAUCUGAAGACUCACCUCAAGACUUAAAUCAAGUUAGAAAACUUAUCUGGACAUACAGCACCACCGCUGUGGUUUGGAUGUUAUUCCAAUGGAUACUGUAAUAGCAACGUCUCUGGCAAUAUGCUCCCAUUUAACCAGUGAGCACAUGGAAACUGUACAACAGAAGGAGGUGUACAGUGAUCAUGGAGGCCACUGAGAGAAUGAAAACAAAACAAGACUGCAUCUACUCCACUGUCAACAGGCUAAAGAAGGGCUAUCUUGGUGGGAGUUGUGGUUUCCAUACUGCUUCACUGGAAAACAAGGAAGCUGGGCAAAGAAGAGAGGUUGCACCUAAACUUCCCUUCACCCCAUUAGACAACCUGUGCAAUCAGAGGGAAGAAUCGCCCAUGAUGGCUCACAGGAGACCAAACUUUGACCCUCAUGGCAAUGAGAGCACUCUCUUAAUAGGAAACAAGCUCCCAAAAUCCAAUGGAGGCAACAUUAAGGACAAAAUUUCUCUGUGGGAGGGAAAGGAGCCCACCCAUUCACCCAUUACCUCAGGUUCUUCGGGCCAGUGCACUACUGUAAAAAGGACAGAAUCACUGACCAAAAGCAACAAUAAAACUACUGAUGAGCUGAGUGCAGAGAGUUGCAGGAGAGUAACCCAUAAAGAAAAGGAAAAUCUCGGGACAGAGACAGUAGGAAAACUGGGGGAUUCAAGGCCUUGUUCGCCUGUUGAAACUGGGAAACAGCUGAGAGGGACACUAAAGAGCAGUAAGCCCAUUGAAAACAGAAAAGAAGAGGAUUGUAAAAGAGUGGUUCACAAAGAAAAGCAAGACCAUGAGAAGGAGAAUGUAGAAAAGCCUGGAGAUUCAAGGCCGUGUUCACCUACGGUGGCCAUGCAGCAGCAGGUGGGGAUUCUGAGGAAAAGCAAUGACAAGAAAGCAGCAGAACAAACCAGCCAGGAGAAGAGAGCAGUAUUCACUCUCUUUAAAAAGCUGGAGGCUAUGGGGGAGAAUCAUGGGAAAACGCCUCCAGAGCUUGGAAAUUACUUCAGCCCACCGAGUAAGGACAAACAGGUAGAGGUGAAGAGGAAAGAAUCUGAAGAUAUCAGUCAGAGUGAUUCAGUACAGUCCUCUGGAGCCAAGGGAGGGAAGCAGCACCAGGAGAACGUCUACACAGAGCCAGCAACGAUCCCGAUCAACCCGGUCCCCAAACCCAGACGUACCUUCCAGCAUCCAGCUGUUGCCCCCAUGGGGAAGAGUCAGAGGCAAGGGAGAGGACAGAGGAAUCUCCCUCCACUGCCCUCCUACUCCUCAAGACCUUCCUCAAAACUUCCGCCUGGUGUCCACGGGAGACCCAGGGGCGAGAGAGUUCGAGACAGCAUCAGCAGGAAAUCCUUUGAGUUCGAAGACCUUGCAGAGUCCACAAGCCCGCUGUUGUCUCGUUCGCUAUCUCAGGAACAUCACUAUGAAGACAUCCUGGAUUCACCCAAGGAGAAUCCAUAUGAGGACAUAGAGUUGGAGAGUCAGUGCUCCCAGCAGUCCCUGCCCUCUUCUCCUGGAGCUGAUACUGCCAAGGCCUCGAGGCCUGGCUUCUUCAGGCAGAAUUCGGGAAGGAGUUUUAAGCUGCUAGACCUGCGGAGAACCAACCAGCAGUCCCACAGUGCCAGCAGUGGGGGCAUUUCAUCUCCACCCCAGCUCAGCCGUCCCUCCACCCCAACUAGUCCUGAACAGACUUCCUGGCUGCCCGGGGAUCCCUAUAGCCGCACCUGCCGCAGGAUACCAACGGUUGUGCUGAAAAUCAACAGCGUCUUUGAAGCUCGAAUCAGAAAGAAACAUCUUCGACGGAUCUACCAUUAUGCUGAGACAAGCUCAGGAAGAGUAACAGAUGAGAACAGUGACUCUGAGAGUGAAGUUGAAGAAAGAGCAAAAGCUCACCGUCAGCGCCUCUCGUCAGUUAAGUCCAUACUGAGCCAGCCAAGCCAGGCCCAGGUCCACUACAAUGGUACCAGUAACAGAAACAGCUCUCUGGAACAGGAGCGCCACCAGCGCAAACUUUUUGAAUACUUCCUGGUCGUGUCGCUGCAGAAAUCGAAGACUGGUGCCCACUAUCUGCCGGAGGUCACACAGCAGUUCCCCCCUAAGUUGGAGCGAAGCUUCAAGUUCAUGAGGGAGACGGAGGAUCAGCUGAGGAUCAUUCCUCAGUUCUGUUUCCCUGAUGCUAAAGACUGGGAGUCCGUAGAGAGCUACCCGAGUGAGAUGUUCUCCUUUGUUUUGACUGGAGAGGACGGGAGCAGGAGGUUUGGAUACUGCCGGCGUUUACUGCCCAGUGGAAAAGGCAAACGUCUACCAGAGGUCUAUUGUAUCGUCAGUCACCUUGGCUGUUUCAACUUGUUCUCCAAGGUGUUGGAUGAGGUGGAGAGGCGGAGGGCUCUGUCUCCAGCCUUGGUACAACCCUUCAUGAGAGCCAUCAUGGAGGCCCAGUUUCCAGCUCCAGGCAGAACCAUCACCAUCAAAACUUUCCUCCCUGGCUCAGGCACUGAGAUGAUGGAGCUCUGCCGACCCUCUGACUCCCGCCUGGAGCAUGUGGACUUUGAAUGUCUCUUCUCCUGUUUGAGCCUGCGGCUGCUGCUCCGGGUGUUCGGCUCUCUGCUGCUUGAGCGAAGGGUCAUCUUCACUGCCGACAAACUCAGUACUCUCUCCCAGUGCUGCCAUGCGGUGGUGGCACUACUUUAUCCCUUCGUAUGGCAGCACACUUACAUCCCUGUGCUGCCCUCGGCGAUGCUCGACAUCGUCUGCACCCCGACCCCGUUCAUCGUCGGCCUGCUGUCCAGCUCCCUGCCCCAGCUCAAUGAACUGCCCCUGGAGGAGGUUCUGGUUGUGGAUCUAGGAAACAGUCGAUUUCUCAGACAGUUGGAUGACGAGGACUCCAUCCUACCCCCCAAGCUUCAAUCAGCCCUGGAGAAUGUUCUAGAGAGGAGAAGAGAGCUUGCUAAUGAGAGAGGGGGAGACACACCCAGUGACUCUGGACAUCUCAGCACCGUUGUGUCCGAGGCCUUUGUCCGUUUCUUCGUGGAGCUGGUAGGCCACUACCCUCUCUUCAUCAUCGGCGAACGGGAAGACGGCUACUCCUCCUCGUCCUCCUCCCCGGUCCCCUGCUCCUUCCAGUGGGAGGGUUUCCGUAAAGCGAUCCCAUCUAAGACCGUGCGGCGCUUCCUGGAGGUCUUCAUGGAGACCCAGAUGUUUGGUUGGUUCAUCCAGGAGAGGGAACUCCACAGGCAGGCACUGAGAGGACUGUUUGAAGUGAGGGUGCAGGAGUACCUAGACUCAAUCCAUGAGAACGAACAUCGAAGGGUUAACAGGUUUCUCAAAGGUUUGGGAAACAAAAUGAAAUUUCUCUCCAAGAAAUAAUGCAGCUAUAAUUGCAAAAAAGCACAGAAGCACCGAAACAAGAAAAGACUUCAAGGACUGCAGAAAUCUGACAAAAGAAAUUCUCAUUUGAGUGCUUUUACAGAGACACUUAUCGAAGCCAUCCUCAUCUGUGUCAAUGAGUGACACUUAGGGUUUUGUUCUAGAACUCAAGUGUGGCUGUUGUGAAUCACAAAUUGUUCCAACCAAAGGAAAAUGCUGCUGUAUUUCACAUAAAGGAAGGAGCUGGGAACAGAAAUAUUCCUGAGGUUUGUGGUUGGUUCUUUUUUUAUAUGAUACUCUUCAGACAACAGCAUUCAUAAAUCACAGCUAGCACAGUGUACAACGUUAAAAUCAUGUUGGUGUUAAGAUUAUUGCUGUAGGCUACAUAUGGCUGAUAGUUAAUUAAAGGGAAAACCUGAAUAAAUUAGUGAAGAAAACAUAUUGAAUCCAGAUGCUUCUAUACAGGGCACAAGAUGCCACUGAAUGGUGGCAUUGUGAAUCAUGUCACCGUUUGUAUGCACUGUAUAUGUACACGUAUAAACUGACUUGAAUGUUCAUGGUUGUGGUAUUUUCUACAGCCACCAGGGGGCAGUAGUAUAUUUUCUCUGAUUAUAUGAGCUUGAUAGUGACAGUGACAAAUCAAUGACACCAACCUGUUCUCCUGCUCUUUAAUGUUUCUGUUUUCUUUUACUCAUAACAGUGACAACAUCACAAAUCCUUUGACUCUGACAAGUGAAUAAAUAUUCUUUGUUUGCUGUUUUGAA